AUGUUUGCUUUAGACAAUGACAGUGCAUGGAAGGUGCCCGACUCUACCCUGACCGAAGGGCGCGAAACAGAUGUGACGGGGCCUGAUAAGUCCACACUUGAAAGGCACGCACCUGUCAGUGGGGUCGGUUUGCAUGAUAACUGGGAUGAUCCGGACGGAUAUUACCGCGUGAUUUUGGGUGAAAAAUUGGAUCAACGGUACCAGGUGUAUUCUAUUCUGGGACGGGGUAUUUUUGCCACUGUUGUGCGAGCCAAGGAUUUAAAACAGAACGGUAGAAAUGUGGCUAUCAAGAUUGCGCGACGGCAAGAAACCAUGUUUAAAGCGGGCAUGAAGGAAAUUGGAAUAUUGAAGCUCUUGGCCGAAGCAGAUCCUGAAGAUAAGAUGUUUGUCGUUCGCUUAGAAAACCAUUUUGAGCAUCGCGGACAUUUAUUUUUACUUCGAAAGGAAAACAUCAUCCACGCAGAUAUCAAGCCCGACAAUAUUUUGGUCAAUGAGGCCAAAACGGUGGCCAAACUGGCCGAUUUGGGCUCUGCUUCGCGGACAACGGAAAUGGAGAUUACACCGUACUUGCAUUUUGAAGACAACAACACAUUCAUUAGCCGAGAAGUGGACACUUCGACAGGCGAAGAGCUGGCCAAGCGUGUAAAUACUACUCAACCUACGGAAGACUUGCGGGCUAAGCUACUACCUGGAGAUACCUCAAAGCGUAUUCGCCCGGACGAACUGCGCCAAACACAGCAGCUGAUCGACUUGCUGCAGCGGAUGCUUGAGCUGGAUCCUGCGAAGCGCAUCACCCCGCUUGACGCGUUGCAGCACGCAUUUGUCCAAUAA